UCUUGGAGGUAAAAAAGAAUUAAAAGUCUAGCUUUAACUAGAUAAAGUUGUUUUGUCUCGAUAUUUUUUACCAACUAGUUGGAGUUUACUAAAACAAUUAUUCCUCUCGCCCUCAUGGCCUCUUAGUCGAUAGCCCAUUCAGGCUCGAGGAAUAAUUGUUCAUUAUUGCAUUCACGAACCCUCCUUUACUUUAAAUGUAUAGUAGCAGACGCGGGUCUAGGAUAAAUACUGACAAAUUCCUAAAUGAGCCCUUAAGGUGCAAGCUUCUAGCAGGGUGCGGGAACAUGCUCUCCCUGGAAAUUGUUUGGAUUUUAACUCCCGAAAUUCUUCUUUUCUGGCUUUUUUAGUCAUUCAGACAGGAUAUUGGCCAGUUCCAUUCUCCUCCAGAUUCCUUCAUAAAGCCUUGCGUUCGGCGGAUUAUAUCAUCAAGGUCAAUUUUCAUGUUGUGGAUAUGGAUCAAAGCGAGUCCUUUAAAUCUACAGAUCUCAACUGGGAAAGAUUUUUUUUUAUCAAAAUCAUUUAUUUAGAAGAAUCUGACCGAUUUCUGUAAAACGAUGCAGAACGGUGUGGAUCCGCGCCCGGAGAGGCUGGUAAAUACGGGACUCAUUAGUAUUUAAGUUUCCUUGCUUGAACAUGUAAUGCUUCGUUUAAUUCUCGCUUAUUGCCAUUCGUCCAGACUUUCACUCUACCUCCACAGGCCUUAAACAUCCUUAAACACAGAAAACUGUACUAAGUUUGCAAUGUUUUUAAUUGCAGGCCCUUGUUGCCGUGCUCCCAGGGACUCACAUGCAGUAUUUUGAUUUUAAUGCAAAAUCAUGGAAAUCACUGACAUCCUUAGCGCCAUUAACUGAGUCAACAUCUGUCUUUUGUGCAGAGUCUUUUGGUUGCAAAAUUAUUGUUGCUGGAUCAACUGCUGAUAACAGCUACAUUUAUUGCAGUUAUGAUUUAGAGAACAACGUCUGGAAAAAACAGUCACAAUCUCAUGGAGAAUUAAGCCAUCUAUGUACCGUAGGAGACUACAUGUAUGCUAUUAAUUCCAAAUGUACUAAGAUUCCUCAGAGGUAUAGCUUUUCUGAACGACAGUGGCAAAGUUUUGCAAAAGUAAUUGUGCCAUGGGGAGUUGCUUUUUUUGAUAGUGGGACGGCUGUGCUCCAUUCUAAGGUGUUUGUACUUUAUGGGAAGGGAUUAUAUAAAGACAAUGAUAGGUGGGUUGUGCAGAAUGCAGUGCUGCUUUGUUUUGACCCAGCAAAGAAUAUGUGGAAAGAAAAAGCAUCAACCUGCCAUCCUCAUUUUGGGUCCAGUCUUUUUGUAGUAAAUGGUAAACUUUAUGUUGCAGGGGGUAAGCUUAGUGUUAAUCCCAGCGGUCCACCGCGUGGUGACCGAGCACCCGUAGAAGUUUACGAUGAAGAAAGCAAUAAGUGGUCCGUUCUGAAACAAGAACGUAUUCCAGAAAACAACCUUGGUGCAGUGGAAGUAGAAGGGAGGGUUUAUUUCAUUAUCAACAAAUUUCCAAUUGAUAGUGGCAUUAGAAUCCCACCAGGAGAGAUUUAUCCUGUUUCCUUGCACAAAUGGGAAAAACUUGGGAAAAUUUCCAACAAAGGAGCCUUGUGUUAUGCGCCAUUAAAGCGAGAGCCUAUACAAAGUAUUGUUAAGUAG